AUGAUUACGAUGAUGUGCUUGGAACGAAUGAUGUUUCUUUGUUUUAUAUGUUUAGUUAAUGGUGAAAGCUCCAAAGAAACAAAGGUAAAUAUAAGUAACUCAACGCCUCGGGUUGGAAAUAACUUAUCUACACUACCUGCCUAUCCUUUGGAAGUUUUUUCUACUAAGAGAACUUUGUGGUUACACAGACCAGAAGCGUUACAACCUUAUCAGUCGUCUCUUGUACUACAAGCACCUAGAGUUGUAAUUCAGAGACAACCAUUUUCCGUGAUCCAACUUAAAAGGCUCCUAGGGCUGGGUGUAGCUCCCUAUUUCCAUAAGUUUAACUUCGAGCCUUUUGACCGACGACGUAUGAAACCAGUCUUGAUACUUGCCUUAAAAAAACAAGGAAUUUCUCCAAUACAAGUUACGUGGCCUAACAAGCCACCUGAAGUUGCAGAGCUGCAAUCGCCCUACAACCAAAUAGAGGACCAUGGGACCGAUGAGGCAAACUUCAACGCUGAAGUAGAGAAAAUAUUCGAAGAAUAG